UACCGUGCUGCAUUCCCCAUGACAGCGCCUUGCUGCAGUAGCAGGAUGGGCCUUUCACACUCUGGAGUUGCGCUGUGGGAGCUACUCGCAGCCAGGCCGUGAAGUGUAGGACAAGCGUGAGAGGAAGGCUCACGUCUUUACAAACAAUUUGUACGGGUGUUAGCGUCCCUGAAAUGGGUCUUGAUGUCUCUACUGACUUUGGACAGCAGGUUGGAGGUGCUGUGGCAAUCUGAUUUCAAACUUGAAAAAUUCUCAUGGAUCAUGACAAAAACCGUGAUGCAGCUGGAUAACCUCCAGAUACUCAGCUUAAAUACCUCACCCAUCUUCUCAGCUGCUCCAUGUCCAACCCUGCAUCAGACAACCACAGUGGAGAUGUUUGUACUGGCUGGUGUUAACCAUCUGUCUCGGGUUGCAGUGCAGGGUGUAUUCUGUCACCGUCUGUUGAUACUAGGUGGGGCAGUGAUCUUUAUCUUUUUCACAACCCAUCGUCUUUCCCUGGAACGACCUGGCGUGAUCGGGAAACUCCCCAGCAUCAUUCAGGAACCCGAACUAAAACCAGAAGCCACAAUCGAAAAGGGGGAAAUGGGCCCAGAGCUCUCGGAUAACCGCAGCAACUUUUCACUCAUAAAACUCAACGUGCACGAAGAAUCCACGCAGAAAAAAGAACCUCCAGACAGCAGAAAAAGGCUGGACACACGCCUCCAGAGUGAAAAGAUAGAGACAACCGAGGAAACACCCAAGUGGAAAGUGGCUUCCUUCCCUGGAGACCUCAAGAUAAAAUUGCGCUGA